AUGGACGCUCUCGAUGAAGAGCUUCUCUCCGCCAAGGCGAGGGGGCAAGUGAUCGAGGCGCUGAUCGUGCAGCCGAUGAGGAUUUCGCCGGAUUUCAGCGUCGAUGCGGCAGUGAUCGCCACCGCGGGCUACAAUGCGGAAGAGCUCAAGAAGCUGUGCAAGGAGGCAGGUUUGCGUGCUGUAGCUAGGAACGUUGGAGCGCAUAUGGAAGCGCAUGGGGGCAGCCUCCGCCAGAGGUUCCAUGAGGCCGAUCUGCAACUCAUGUUCGUGAGGACCGAAGAUUUCAUGGAGGCGCUUCCAAGGGUGCCUCGUUCGUCCAGAGAGGUUGGAUUCGAAGGAAUACCGACAAUCGGCUGGGAUUUGGUCUACGCGCCUACAAAUCUUCGCAGCGAGAUCACAUCCUUUCUCACUGGAACUUUCGAGGGACGACGACUCAUGAUGCGAGGACCGGACUCGAUCAAAAAGCUGUUUAGCCUGGCAAAGGCAGCAGAACCGACACUCGUGUAUUUCGAUGAGACCGAAGAGCUGAUCGCAGAGAAGGACUGGGACAAGUUGGUUGAAGUGGUGAAAACGCUCUCGGCGAGUGAUCACGUCCGUGUCAUAAUGGCUGCGAAAAAGCAGGCCGAGGAGCUCCAGGACGCCACGAAAACGCUGGAGUUCCAGCUGCCUGAAGAGACUGGCAGGGAAGUCAUGCUGCGGACUCUCUUGACCAACAAAUCUGUUGCCGACGACGUGGACUUCCAGCGAAUUGCAGAGCUGACCGAGAAGUUGACAUAUGCGGACUUGAGGAGGCUGACCAGCGACGCCUCGGAAAUAUGCCUAAGGGAAUUUCAAGCUCAGAAACAACUCGGGACAGGAGGCCCAGGGCGUCCCAUGCUCCAGCACAAGCACUUCAUGCAGGCCCUUCUUCGAGACCUGCCAGUAGAUUGGUUUCUCAUCCAGUGA